CUUCCUUUUCAAAAAAGAAAAUAAUGGAAAAUCUUGAAGAAUGGAAAUAUAGUUUCCAUAAAGAAACUGAUAGAAGAAGAAAGGGCCGAGGAAAGCAGAAUGAACAAAGAUCCAAAAAAGGAAUUAAAAUUUCUCAGACAGAUUACAUAAACAAUUUUCCUAAUAAGAACUCAUCUUCUUUCAUUAUAAAUCAAAAUCCCCAAUUUCUUCUUGUUCAUCCGUUCCUAAUUCCUAAAAUUCCCAAUAAUGUCUUCUCUCCAAACCGCUUCCACCUUCCGCUUCAGUCUCCGCCGCCAUGACGACAGCGACGAUCAAUCUCUCCUAAUCCGAUUGGGCUUUAUGCACCGUCAGCUCUCCCGAUCGCCGUCCGCCGGACUUCCGUACGAAAUCCUCCAUGAAUCUAACUCGAUUCCAAUGCGGAUUAAUAUGUUCCCUCUCCCAUUGCGAGACCUCGAAGAUCCGUUGCUCUGCCGUGUUUACGUCCUUCGAUUGCUUUCCUACCUGGACCUCAACGCCGUAGCUUGCGAUAUAAUCGCUCACGAUAUCACGUCUUUCAUCUGUGAAGUGUUGGCCGCCGGGAACUUCGAGGUUAAGUUCCGCAUCGUGGCGGACAUCGAUCACAUCCGAAUGUUCUGGAGGGAGCAGAUCGGUGAAAGUAGGCGCGGUGUUGUGGCAGAGGAGACGGUGAUUCUGGAAGAAGCUCCGACGAGGAGAACGGCGGCCAAGACGGCGAUUGAGAGGUUGAAGAGGGAGAAAUUCGAUGGGUUUAGAGGAGAAGAAUUGGGAGAUUGUUGUGUUUGUUGUGAAGAAUUGAAGGAAGGGAAGAAGGAGGUGAGUAGAAUUGGGUGCGGUCAUGUCUAUCAUAAGUCAUGUAUUCUCACUUGGGCUCAAAAUAAUGAUUCUUGUCCUUUGUGCAGAAGGAAAAUAGAAUAAGAAAUUUAAGAUUUUUUUAAAAAAAAGUUAAUUCUUU